UUUUAUUUUUGUUUCCAUUUUAUGUUGAUAGGGAAUUUAUGAUGGUGUCUUUCAAUAACACCUCACAAUACUCAGUUGCUUUUCUCAAUACAAUAUUAUUAAAUUUGGUCUUUUUCCAAGACCUUAUUAUCUAUGUAUGUAUUAUAACCCCAAUCACUUUUCCAUUUUUGGAGUAUAACGAAAGCCAACAUUAAUUCCAUAACCAAUCAGCCAGCCAACCCUUAAUUUUAAUUAAAUUGUAAAACAAAUUAAUUCGUUUUUAAAUUUACUAAAAAGAUUUUCAUUUAACAAUCUCAUUAAAAAUCAUGGGCCAACCAAAAGAUGUUAGCCCCUCCACAUCAGGCACUACACAAAAAUUAUCUAAUUCUAGCAGUCCAACUACAACAACAAAAAAACAACCAAAAAAGGCAUCUAAAACUUCAAACGAAUCUUUAGAUAAACUUUCAAAAGAUUCUGAAUGUCAAAAGCAGCCAAUCUCUUCAAGAAAAUUAAAAACUGAACAAGAAGAAGGACAAAAAAUAUUCAAAACUUCAGACGGAACAAUUUACGAACUUAAUGAACUAGAAUCUAAAUGUUCAGUAUUAGGUCAACAAUUACAGGAAUGGAGUUUUCCUAUUUUUAAUUUUGCUGAUAAAUACAAAAAUACUGUUCUCUCUAGGUUAACUUUUGCAAUAUUUAAAGAAGCUGAUUUAUUUAAAACAUUCAAGAUCUCUUACUCUAAAUUCUUCAAUUUUUUCCAUGCUUUAGAAUCUGGUUAUUGGGAUAUUCCCUGUUUGUUUUAA